AUGGGCGAUAGGAGAAAAAAGCUUGAAGAAUUGGUAGCUAAACGUAAAGUAGCUGACGAAUCUAACGAAGGAGAUAAUGACAAUAAAAAGAAUAAGCCAAAACCAAAAUCUAAUGCGGCGGCGCCUGCGAAAGCAAAGUCACAAACUUCUCCUGCCACAAAACCUAAGCAACCUUCACCUUCUGCAGCAAAAUCUAAAGGGGGUAGACCAACACGUCAGGACCAAUAUGAAGAAGAUGGCUUCAUCGUGGAAGAAGAAGAAGAGGGAGAAGAAGAAUCAGAAACUGAAAGUGGUUCAGUGUCUGAAGCGUUUAGUGUAUCAAAUGAAUCAUCCGAAUCUGAUUCUGACGACAGCAAAAAGAAAACGAAGAAAGGCAGCAAACAAAAACAAAAAAAUAGCAAACCUAAAAGAAGAUCUCAUAAGAAAAAUAAAAGGGAAUCAGAUUCAGACGAUUUUGAAUUCUUAGACGAUGAUGUUCAAGCGAUUGAUACAAGUUUAAUCAUAAAGGAACGAAGGACGAGAGGAAAAAAGAUAGAUUUUACAGGAAUGGAUCCUUACGAUGACAAAUGA